CUCGGAUUUCAUCAAAAAUAUCUUUAUUUGUGUUCAGAAGAUGAAAGAAGGAUUUACAGGUUUGAGAAUGAUUAAUGAAUGACAUAACUCUCUAAUAAUGUAGAGGCGAACUCGUACUCUCACCUGAUGGAGGGAGUGGUGAAGAUCAUCCCGUUCGAUCAGUGCUCGUCUCCAGACGUCUACGGGUCAGAGGUCAGGUCAGGGAUGCUGUGUGCAGGAAGUGAGCUCUGUGUGGACGCCUGUCAGGGUGACUCGGGCGGUCCGUUAGCGUGCGAGUGUGACGGCGUGAGCUUCCUCUACGGGAUCAUCAGCUGGGGAGACGGAUGCGGACGCUCGGGGAAGCCUGGCGUUUACACCCUCGUGCCCAAAUAUUCAGACUGGAUCAACAGCGUCAUCAAAACAUCCAGAAAAACCUCCCCAAAAACUUCAGCCAAUAGAAAGACGAUAAACAUCUGUAUCGGGAGUCAAUGCAGGAGAUAAAACAACUGUGACUUUACUGUUAAUGUGUUCAUGACGUCACACUGACGGACGUGUGUUUUACUGCCAGCCUGUCGUAUUUAUAUUAACAAGCAAUAUGGGGACAUGUACACUGGAGUGGGAAGUGUUUGCUAUUAUUAUUAUUAUUAUUAUUAUUAUUAUUAUUAUUAUUAUUAUUAUUUUGCGUAUCUGUACAUUUUGAUUGCUGUGAAAUAAAUGUCUUUAAUCUGCAUUAAAAUAUAAAAAUAGUUUUUUUUACAGUGUUUGAGUGAAUAUUGGAAAGGUCAUGAUUAACAUAUAAAGCCUUGGAAGUGAAUAAACAGAUGCAGGUUUGAUGCGACAGUUUGCUGUUAAAUCCUAGUUUAACACCAUCAUUUGAACAGUAUAUUAGUCAACUAUUAUAACCUUUAAUUAAGUGCAUUCCUUUCAAUUUAAUUCAAAC